AUCAAUCAUGGAGGCAUUCCAUUACAUUUCACUGGCGUUAGUCGCUGUAGCACUGACUGUAGCAGCUGCCCCCGAGAAGUCUACUGAACGGGAUAAUGAGCCAAAGUUGUGGGCUCUUCUAGUGGCUGGUUCUUUCUCUUAUUUCAACUACCGUCACCACGCCGAUAUUUGUCACGCCUACCAUGUGCUGCACAACCAUGGCAUUCCCGACGAGCGCAUCGUGGUCAUGAUGUUCGACGAUAUCGCCAAUUCCAGUUUGAACCCGACGCCGGGAGUGAUCAUCAAUCACCCUAAAGGUAACGACGUCUACCAGGGCGUUCCUAAAGACUACACGAGACAUCUGGUCACCGCGCAAAACUUCCUCGACAUCCUCCAAGGAAAGAAGGUGAAAGGUGGCAGCGGGAAAGUCAUAGCCAGUGGCCCAAAUGACCACAUCUUCGUCAACUUCGCCGAUCACGGGGCCCCUGGUCUUAUCGCAUUUCCGCACGACGAGCUUCACGCCACCGCUUUCGUGAAUGUGAUCAAAAGUAUGAGCAAACAAAAGAAGUUUGGGAAAAUGACCAUCUAUAUCGAGGCCUGUGAAUCCGGUUCAAUGUUCGACGGCCUGCUACCCGACAACGUGAACGUCUACGCCACGACUGCGGCCAACCCUGACGAGUCUUCGUACGCUUGUUAUUGGGACGACAAGAGGCAGGCGUACCUGGGUGACGUGUAUAGCGUGAACUGGAUGGAAGAUUCUGACAAGGAAGACCUGCACAAGGAGAAACUCAUCGAUCAGUUUAAUAUCGUGAGAGAGGAAACCAAUACCAGCCACGUCAUGGAAUUCGGUGACCUGAGCAUCGGAAAGCUUUCAGUCAGCGAGUUCCAGGGGAACAAGCAGGCAAAGCCUGUCAUUCUGCCAAAGGUACCAUAUGACGCCGUCUCUAGCAGAGACGUUCCCGUCGCCGUUCUCAGAAAAAAACUCGCAAGGGCGUCCAAUCCUGACGAAAAGAAAUUAUUGAAGGAAGAGCUGCGCCAUGCCCUUAGCAACCGUUCAUUCCUGAAGGAGAAAGUCGCCGAGAUUGCCUCGUUCUUAGCUGAGGCUAACACGGAAGGCUCCGAAUCCCUGUUGACAUCCAACAAGCGGCUGAAGAACUUUGACUGCUAUGAGGAGGCAGUGCGCCACUUUAACAACCGGUGCUUCAAUCUUUCAAAGAACCCCUAUGCUCUAGGGCAUCUACGGGUUUUAGUGAAUAUGUGCGAGUCUUCAUACAAGCUUUCGGAGAUUGUUGAAGCCAUGGACAUUGUAUGCACUCACCCUACUGUUAUAGAUAUUGUGUAAAGCUACAUAAAAAAUAACAGUGUGCUCAAUUCAGCAGUUCUCCUAAGCGUGGUUCUUAAUCUUUUUAUUUAUUGUGCCACUAAUAAUUCUUAAAAUUACUUAUUGCCCAGAAUUACAUCGUAUGCUCACCGUAUUGUCUUACUAAACCAAUAAGUACUGUGCCUAACAUUUGCUUUGUGAAUCCCUGUCGUUAGGGCUUACGCCAAACUGAAAUAUGCGUUGCUUGGCAACUUUAAGGAGCAAGACUUUUGUCGACUCAAGAUAAACUCCGCUUAGCAUGACAUUAAUUGGCAAUAUAAAGUUAAGAUUUGGCAAAAAUAGGCACGAGACAGCUAUUGGAUGUGUGUCAUUUUUGAAAACACAAAGCAGAAUAAGCUUUAAAAAUUUUUAACAUGUUCAUUUUUCCUGUAUUCACUUUCUUAGAGCCGAUUCACUAAAUUAAUUUUACUUUGAAAUUCCUACCCGUUUUAAGGUUGUUUUUUGAAAUUUAUUUUCAUUUUUUGUGAUAGCGUGAACGAUCUCAUAUAGUAACCCAUUUGGUGUCGGCAUCGGCACCACCGUCUGAGAGCAAAAAAUGAUGCUGUAUGCAAUAAAGUCAGCGUUCAGCGUGCAA